AUGGUGAUGCAAGGGCGAUUCUUGGCCACUGGCAAUGGCACAACUUCUGCAGCUGACCCAAAAACAAGUAGUAGUAAUCGCCAGCAAUUCAAAGAAACUCAUGUGCACCCCUCCAUUCGACGCUACAUUGACAUGAUUGGAGUUGGAAUUCCCUCUCGACGCAAACGAUCACGACAAGGAUUGUGGGAGGAUUUGGACGAAGGGCGUCGAACGAAUACGACAUCUCCUCCUCCUCCCUUUGGUGCUGAAGGCGGACAACAUCGUGUCGUGGUGAUUGGAAGUGUCUCCACCACGCAAGAUUCGCUACCCACCAAUCAAGAGCGAAUCCCCGAAGUGGCUUUGGCGGGACGAUCCAAUGUGGGCAAAUCGACGCUCUUGAAUGCGCUCCUGUAUGGAAAUCGAGCUCGUCGAAGACGACCCCAUGACAAAAAUGAUACUGACACUGACGACGACAAUCCACUGAUUCGCAAGUUUGUGAGAGGAGGGACUCCGGAACAUUUGAAGCUACCCAAGGGUAUCAAAGCCAAGGUGUCCUCCAAACCAGGCGAAACCCAAAAAAUUACCUUUUAUCAAUUGGCACACACUGCUACGUCCGAGGAUGAGACCUGCAAGUUGCGGUUGGUGGAUUUGCCAGGCUUUGGUUUUUCCUUUACCCCCAAGAAACACGAUGGAUUUCAAGAGUUGAUCCUGCAGUACUUGCUGGAACGAGGCAAGCCUCUCCUGCAACGUGUCCUGCUCUUGCUAGAUGCUCGGCAUGGACUCAAAAAGGCUGACCUAGAGUUUCUAGAAACCUUGCAGGAGGAGGCACGGAAGAAUCCCACCAAACGCAAAAUGCCACCCAUUCAGAUUGUCCUGACCAAGUGCGAUCUGGUCCAACGCGACGAUCUGGCUCGGAGAGUGGUACAGGUUCGACGGGGAUUGUCGGAUGUAUUGCGGCGGGAAACCAGUGCCUUGCCCGUGCUGCUAGUCAGUGCCAGAGCGGGGGUGGGAUUCAACAAUAUCCGACCGCGAGGUGGACAUGUGACUCGAGCUCGUGGGGGUGUCCUGGAACUCCAAAAGGAACUUGCAGCGUUGGUACCGGAAACCAACAAGAAGAAACUGCGUCAUACUGGUAGCAAACGCCCGGCUGCUGGCAAGAGAAGAAAACCUACGAAACGGUUAAAGUAA